AUGUCACUACCUUCGCCUCUGCUCCUCCUCCUACUGGGCUUCCUCUCAAGGAGUCCCUAUGCAUCGUGCACUAAAGUGAUCAUGGUCCCGCCCAUCAUGUUUGAAUCUCACUUCUACAUCUUCAAGACUUUGGCCACAGCUCUGCAGCAGGAAGGCCAUGAGAGCCAUUUCCUAGUCUCCCAAGCCCGUGAGGUUUCCCCAUCUCCUCACUACCACCUACAGCGCUAUCCAGGGAUCUUUAACAGCAGCACGGCUGACAGUUUCCUCCAGUCCAAGGUCACUAAAAUCUUCUCGGGCCGUCUGACGUUUCUGGAGCUGUUUGACAUUCUUGACCACUACUCUCAGAACUGUGAAGCUGUAGUUGGCAAUGCUGAGGUGAUGAAGCGGCUCAAGGAGGCCAAGUUUGACCUGCUGCUGGUGGACCCUAUUGACUUGUGUGGUUUUGUGAUUGCUCAUAUCCUGGGCGUGCAGAUUGCUGUGGUCAGCACAACUCUGUGGUACCCUGUUGAGGUCGGGGCCCCGGCCCCUCUAUCGUACGUACCUGAAUUCAACUCGCUGCUGACCGACCGCAUGUCUCUGCUGCAGAGGAUCACAAACACAGCCGUUUACCUGGUGCAGCGCUUUGGAGUCCAUUAUAUUGCAUUACCCAAGUAUGACCAGAUAAUGAAGAAGCAUGGGGUGACGCCUCAAGUAGCCAUGGCGGACUUGGUGCAGGGCAGCCAGCUAUGGAUGCUGUGCACUGACAUGGCGCUGGAAUUCCCCAGGCCCACCCUGCCACAUGUGGUGUACAUAGGAGGCAUCCUCACCAAGCCCCCCAACCCACUGCCACAGGAUUUCGAGGUGUGGGUCAAUAACACAGCGGAGCAUGGCUUUGUGGUUGUGUCGUUUGGAACUGCAGUCAAGUACCUAUCCCAUGAUGUCGUUCACAAACUGGCAGGAGCCCUCGCCAGGCUGCCCCAGCGUGUCGUCUGGAGAUUGUCUGGAGUUCCACCCAGUAACCUUGGCAACAACACCAAGCUUGUGGACUGGAUGCCUCAGAACGACUUAUUGGGCCACGCAAACACAAGGGCCUUCCUGAGCCACGGCGGCCUGAACAGCAUCUACGAGGCCAUGUACCACGGUGUGCCAGUGGUGGGCGUGCCCCUGUUCGGAGACCACUAUGACACCAUGACUCGUGUGGCAGCCAAAGGUAUGGGUGUCAUGCUACACUGGAAGUACAUGACCGAGGAAGACCUCUAUACAGCCUUGAACAGUGUCAUCAAAGAAACCAGGUACCGCCAACAAGCGCGUCUUCUCUCCAACAUUCACAAAGACCAGCCAGGCCACCCCGUGACCAGAGCAGCCUACUGGAUCAGCUACCUCAUCCGUCACAACGGUGCAAGCCACCUGCGCCCCGCCGCAUACGAGGUGUCCCUCUACCAGUACUUCCUACUGGACGUGAUUGUCACCGUAGCAUCUGCCUUGGCUCUGAGCAUCUUCGCCAUCCAGAAGUUGGCACAGUUGUUGAGAGGAAAAGUGGAGGACCAGGGCAGAGGAGGCGGUAACACCAGGGAUGAUGCUAGCAUGGCGAAAGGACAUUGCCAUAAUGGCCGCAUGGCCGACGGGAAACACAAACGCAAUGGCUCCUUGAAAAACGAGAAGAAGAUGAAUUAACUUACCGCAUCAAAGUCUAAAAAUAUAAUAUAUUAAAAAAAAAUUAAAAACAAACACAAGAGGGUGUUGGAGAAUGCACAAUGCAAUGUGUGUGGGGACUGUUUGAAUUUUAGCUUGUCUGUGUGUGUGAGUCUGUGAAGAUGGCAAUAUAACUGUACUAUAAACACAUGCAGGAGGGUGGGGGCAGGAGCAGUUAGGACCAGAUAUAUGGCCUUCACACAUUGAUUUAUAAUAACCGUUGCUGCUUGGUGUUCAUCUUGAAGUUAGUAAGCAUGUGUGCGUCACAUUGCUGUACAGUCUCACACCUGUCUUAAUAAGAGGUCUGAUAGGAACCGCUGCCUGUUGUGGGAACUGUGAAUCUGUGACACUGUACUUGAACUUAUUCUCAUUUCUAACUUUUUAUAUUAAAGCAUAACUCCCUUAGAUUUAUUCAACAUCACAGAGAGUUCAAGCAGCUGCUUAAGGUUCUAGAGGGAAGAUAGAAAGGCGUUAUCUUGUCUGGGAAAUGUGCACUUUUACUCAAACAGAACAUUCAGCCGAUAAAGCAGGAACACAAUAUUCUUUACUCCAAUGAACAACAACACCCUCAAACAAGGCAUCAGCUGAGUCAAGGCUUGUGUAUGAAACACAAAACUAAAGCUGUCAUGAAGUGAAGAUUUGCCUGGUGGCUGUCAGAGGGGGGCCUGACUGGUAGCGGCUGCUCGUCAUUUCCUGAUUCAAGUGCCAAGAGGCUGGAACUACCCCUGCGCACCAUCAAGGAAGAACCAAGUCUCGACUUCCCUUCAUUAUUGACCAAUCAAAUGAUACCUACUGUAAUAA